CAUCAUACAUACAAACAACAACACCAAACAUUUCGUUCCUACACUUGAUUCGAGUCUUCCCAAUUGUUCUGUUGUUUCUACCUAUUGAUUCUCCAAAAUGGGCAUCCCUCACUUUCUUUGUUUACCAUUUCCAGUUCAAGGACAUGUGAACCCCCUCAUGCAGUUUUCUCUUCUUUUGGCCAAACAUGGUUGCAAGGUCACUUUUGUCCACACAGAGUUCAGCCACAGACGAGCCAAUACAGAAGGUGGUGACAACAUGGAGGAGGUACUGGUAGAGAUGGUGACUCUCCCUGAUGGUUUGGACCCUCAAGAUGACAGAAGCGAUGUGGCCAAACUUCUUUUUUCAAUGAAAAGCACCAUGCCUGCUCUGCUUCCAAAGCUCAUACAAGACAUCGAUGCCUCCGAUAUUGAGAACAAGAUAACAUGUAUAAUUGUUACCAUCAAUAUGGGUUGGGCUUUGGAAGUAGGAAAUAAAAUGGGAAUCAAAGGGGCUCUUCUCAGUCCACCAUCUGCAACUUCCUUGGCUUCUGUUGCCUGCAUCCCAAACCUGAUUGAAGAUGGCAUUAUUGAUUCUCAAGGACUUCCCACCAAAAACCAAGAAAUUCAACUCUCUUCGAAUAUGCCCAUGAUGGACACUGCAUACUUUCCAUGGCGUGGCUUUAAUAAGAUCUUCUUUGAGCAUCUUAUGCAAGAGAUGCAGACUUUGAAGGUAGGAGAGUGGUGGCUUUGCAACACUACCUAUGAUCUUGAGCCGGGAGCAUUUUCCGUAUCGCCAAAGUUCCUACCAAUUGGGCCAUUGAUGGAAAACAGCAACAGAAGUUCAUUCUGGGAAGAAGACAGAGCCUGUUUGGAGUGGUUAGAUGAGCAACCACCUCAUUCUGUUGUUUAUGUUUCCUUUGGCAGUUUAGCAGUGAUGGAUCCGAACCAGUUUAAAGAAUUAGCUCUUGCACUCGAUCUCCUUCACAGGCCUUUUAUUUGGGUCGUGCGUCCCAGUAAUGACAAGAUGGAAAACGUGAAUGCAUACCCUCAUGAUUUCCAUGGAAGUAAAGGUAAAAUAGUUGGUUGGGCCCCUCAGAAGAAGAUACUGAACCACCCUUCAUUGGCUUGCUUCAUUAGUCACUGUGGUUGGAAUUCUACUCUGGAAGGUAUAUGUGCUGGUGUACCUCUCUUGUGCUGGCCAUGUGCAACUGAUCAAUUUCUGAACAAGUCUUAUAUUUGUGAUGUGUGGAAGAUUGGAGUUGGCUUAGAAAAGAAUGAAACUGGAAUUAUUUCAAGGGAAGAGAUAAGGAAGAAGGUGGAUCAACUUCUGGUUGAUGAGGACGUUAAAGGAAGGUCUUUGAAAUUGAAAGAGAUGACCAUAAAUAACAUAGAAGAAGGUGGACAGUCAUCAAAGAAUCUCAGCUUCUUUAUGGAUUGGGCAAAGUAGGGAUGCUUCGUUUGUAUAACAAUUCUUUUUCUCCUCACUGAAAAAGAACAUGUAUUUUUCUUUUGUUAACGUUAUUGUAGUUGAUAUAGUUAUCGCACUUGAAGUAGUUGAGAUAGUUAUCCUAGUUGAACAAAAUGAUGAAUUUGGGUUCUUUAGCACUAGUAUUGGUACCAAAACAAGUUUAAUAGAUGAAAAUGGAGUAUCACAUUGCUCAUUUGAUUAGAAA